UCCCGAAGUAGAACCUACCUUAAGACAGGAAAAAGAGCUCUUGGAAGAUGACAAACCAACAGAAGCUGUAGAAGUAUUCCAAGUGAUAGUUGACUAUGGCUUACUAGAAGAACUUGACGUAGAGGAGAGAAAUACAUUAUAUUGGUCUUCCGAAUUUGAAGAUGAUAAAGAAUGGGAUAAAAAAAUGCUUGAAAUAUAUUUUCAACAGAGAAGACAGCAUGAGAAAUUAGUUGAGCAAUUAAAUGUGGAAUUUUACAGUGACACGACUUGGGCCUACCAAGAUGAAUACUUGAAUAUAGAAGGGUAUGAAGUCAAUAGUGAGGAUGCUUCCAUGGAUAUUGAUAAAGAAUACCUUAUCAACUCACCCAAAUAG